AUGAGCCAGAUGUUGGAUGGUGUGUCUUUAGCCUCCUACUUGGAGUAUCCUACUAUGAAGCCCUUCAUCAACACACACCAACACACACUUAACACACACCUUAACACACACCUUAACACACACCGGCCUGCAGAAACUGUUAAAGCUUUUCCUGAGAGCAGCAGUGCAGCGAUUCUCUCUGCACUGCAGAACCUCCAGGAGAAGAUCCACAGGUUGGAACUGGAGCGAGUGCGAGCAGAACAGAACUUGAGGAGGCUCUCGAGGGAGAAGUCUCACUCAGGGAGCAUUCCACAGAGAGAACCUCAGAAGAACAAGGACUCACACAGCCAGAGGAAACAGGGUGAGAUCCUGCUGUGCUCCGGAGCAGCUGAAGCUGGUCUGUUGGAGAAGCAUCUGGACUUAAAGCACAGAACAGUACGGAGCACAGAGUCUGAUCAAACAGCUGUUCUCAAAACCCAGGAGUUUGUGCGCAGCACUGAUGUGUGUGUGAAGUUGGAGAAGUUGGAGCAGGAGUACAGGAGACUGACACACACUCAGAACAAUGCCGAAGUUAAAAUCCGACAGCUGGAGCGUAAACUUCUAGAGGAGGAACAUCACCGGAAACUCAUACAGGAUAAAGCUGCUCAGUUGCAGACAGGUCUCGAGGCCAAUCGUAUUCUGAUUGAGUCAGUGUCGCCCCGCCCCCUCCGCUCUUCCAAGAGCACAAAGAAGAAACUUUUAUCCAAGAAACCUUUGCAGCAGAGACAUUCUUACAAACAGCCGCACUACAGACUGAGUCUGGGGGACGUACCGUUUGUGGCUGGAACAUCCACAGGGACGAGUCACUCUGUCCGUGCUAAUGUCCAGCACGUCCUCCACCUCCUGAAGCAGCACAACCCUCAGCUGUGUAACAAGCGUGUGCUGGGAUCCGCGGCCCUGAGCGAUGGGAAAGAGACUUCAGAGCAGCAAUCCCACAGUAGCUCUUCCUCCCAGUCCUCCUCCUCUUCCUGCAGUGAGGAGCUUUCAGAGCUUCUGCAGACCCUGCAGGAUGAGUUCGCACACAUCAGCUUCGAGCACAGAGAUCUGGGGAAGCAGGUCCAGGCGUGUCGGUCCGACAGACUCAGGCAGGAUUUAGAACGAGAGCUGGAGAACCUGGUGAAGAAGAUGGAGGAAAAAGGAGAACAGAUCGCUAAAGUGCGCCGACAUCAGGCUCAGGUAGAGAAGCUGAAGAAGGUGUCUCAUCAGCAUCAAGGUGACCUCAAGGUCAAAUCCAGACCAGGAGAGCGCAGUAAGGACAGUCUACGUCUGCUUAAAGACAUGCGCAAGCUGCAGACCUCACUGCGCUCAGACCAACUCCACUGGGAUUACUGAUGUUCUCACACACACACACACACACACACACACACACCAGCAAUAUCAGACCUGGAAGUGAUAAAAGUCAGAACUAUAUAACCACCAUCUUAAAGAAAAACAUAAAAAACAUUUAGAAGAAUUGACCAAAAGUAAAUGUUAAUUCAAUACACUGCUAAAUUAUUAUUAGAUGGUCAGAUGGUGGAGCAUAAUGAAGCUGUGAGACCUGAACAACCUCACGUUCAUGAUCUCAACUGCAACUGCGUUUACUGUGAAUUCUGCAGUUUAUUCUGUAUAUUAUCAGUGUAUGUAUCAGUAUGAAUUAUAUUGAGAGUUAAUCUGUACUGUGUGUGAGUGUGUGUGUGUGUGUGUGUGUGUGUGUGUGUGUGUGUGUGUGUGUGUGUGUGUGUGUGUGUGUGUGUGUGUGUGUGUGUGUGUGUGUGUGUGUGUGUGUGUGAGUGUGUGUGUGUGUGUGUGUGUGUGUGAGUGUGUGUGUGUGUGAGUGUGAGAGACUGAUGUUAGAGGCAACACUUAAAAACACGUGAAAGUGUUGCCUUGUUUACUUAAACGUCACCCUAGCAGGAGUGUUCUAAAGAGCAGAACAGGAUGAUGUUCAUUAUGAUUACAGUAACAGCAGUGGCACCAGCAUUGUGAUCAAACCCCCACACAGCGUUUCUGCACACACAUUAGUUACAUUCCAGACCCAGGGGUGCCAACAUUUAUGGUUUAGCCAUUGCAUUAAUCAUUUUACAGCUAAAACAGCAGCCAGAAACAAACACCUACAAUUUGUAGAGCAUGAAAUAUCAUGUGUUUGUUACUUUAACCUGUGAAUUUACACACACACACACACACACACACACACACACACACACACUAAAUUACAGUUUGUAAUAAAGCAGCUGUGUUGUGUUAGAUAAUGGAAUGGUGGCACCCCCGUGUACAGGAUCAGUAUAAACCCUGCUGUUGGAUCACUUUAUUCACGUCUCUGCAGGAUUUAACAUCUAAAACUGGCACUUCUAUAUUUUAAUUUCUGACAUAAAUUGAGGGCUGUCAGAAAUGAAAUAUGGAAUGAAUCGUGAUUAUUAUUAUUAUUAUUAUUGAAACAUUCCAUGACCCAAUUCUUGAGGUUGUACACGAUGUUUGUGUAUUUGGUUUUCUGCUGUUUGAGGUUUUAUUGUGUGCCUUGUUUUAAAUAAAGGAUUUAUUUUGUC